AAACAUUUCUUUGGGUGAUUAGAUGGUCUUCUGCUAGCACAGGCACACCCCUUCUCUAUCUCUCUCCCUCUCUAUCUCUCAGAUCGAAUAUUUUUAUCACCAGAUUUUCUUAAAUUGUUUGUGUUGAGGUUGUGGGAAUUAAUAAUUAUCAUGGAUGGAAACAAAGAUGAAGCAAUAAGAUGUGUUAGAAUUGCCGAAGAAGCAAUCGCAUCCGGCAAUAAACAACGCGCUUUCAAAUUUAUUAAAAUGGCGCAACGUCUUAAUCAUAAUUUGUCUGUUAAUCAUCUUUUAUCUGCAUGUGAGAAGCUUGAUUCAUCGGAAAACUCUGCUUCCGUGGAUCAAAGUGAUCCCAAGGAUAGGAAUACGAAUGGUUUUGUUAAGAGUGAUGAUGGUGAUGAGGGUAUGAGUGCGGAGAGGAGUUUUACUGAGGAGCAUGUGCACUUGAUUAGGCAUAUUAAUAGGAAUAAGGAUUACUAUGGGAUUCUUGGGGUCGAUAAGAGCUGUUCCGUUGAAGAGAUUAGGAAGGCGUAUAGGAAACUGUCGUUGAAAGUUCAUCCUGAUAAGAAUAAAGCUCCGGGAUCGGAGGAGGCGUUUAAGAAGUUAUGCAAGGCGUUUAAGUGUUUGAGUGAUGGUGAUUCCAGGAAGCAGUAUGAUCAGACGGGUUUGGUUGACGAGUUUGAGCAUAACCAGCAGUAUAAUAAUAAUAAUGUUAGGCGGCGGAGAACAAGUGCGCGUGGUUCUUAUUAUGACGACGAGUUUGAUCCUGAUGAGAUAUUCAGGGCUUUUUUUGGUCAGGCAGAUGUGUUUAGGGCUCGUCAUGUUUAUAGGAAUAGAGAAACGGAUGGUCAACAGAGGGGGGAGCAGGGAGGGGGACCUAAUUUGAUUGUUCUGCUGCAAAUACUGCCCUUCUUGUUGAUUAUUUUGCUUGCUUAUCUGCCGUUUUCAGAGCCCGAGUACUCUUUGCUUAAGAAUGUAGCUUAUCAGAUUCCCAUGUCUACUGAAAAGUAUGGCGUGGAGUAUUUUGUCAAAUCAUCAGCAUUUGAUAAGAACUUUCCUCCUGGAAGUCCUGCUCGAGAUAGCAUUGAAGACAGUGUGAUUAAGGAUUACAGAAAUAUGCUUUGGCGGUACUGUAACAUAGAAAUCCGCAGACGUCAAUGGAGUAGGAAUAUGCCCACUCCUAACUGUGAUAAGCUACGUGAUCUCGGAUUAGCAUGAAGCUCAAUGCACAAUUAAGAAAAUAGCCUGUGGCAGCGCGAGGACAACGGACUUGGUGGUUUCUAUGAUGUGGAUUUCAACAAUUUUUCUCACAAAUGUAGUUUUUUCUCAUUAGACAAGGCUUGAAAGCUCGAGGCCUACCACAAGCCCAAAAAUAAGUCUGGUUGACCAGGUUGGUCUGAUUUUGCAUGAAUAGGCCUACUUGAAAAUGUGGUCUGUUCUAUGCAUGUGGCGUCGCGGAGAUCGUUUUUCCAAAGCAAGAUUUUUAUGAUGAAGAGUGAAAAGAAUAAGGAACUCUUGUUUCUUAAAAAAAAAAAUUAGAGUUGCUGCCUAGUAUUUUACUAAUUAGAAAUCCUAACUGGUCUCAGAGUUUGAAUAAGAGGACUGAUUGUAUAUAGGGAGAAUGUAUCAUCCCUGAUAUACUCUAUCAAAGGUAAAUUGUAUUGUUUGUUUAUCUGAUAUAAAAUAAAAUAUUUUAAUGUGCUUUCUAA